GGGUUGCCGUAGCUAGCUGUCAAAGAUGGCGACCGUUCUGCACAUGCGCGACUCACAUCUUGUAGGCAACAGGCAAGUUGGGAUCAAAUAUACAUCCAUGAUAGCCUACAUCCACUGAUCAAAUCGAACACAAAUCUAACCGGCAUGAAUUGUGCGGCGAUCGCCCGUGAUCAGUUUUACGCAGGCCUUGCUCAUCUUGAACGAGCCUAACGUGACUGUUAACGGGUAACGUUACAAUGGUUACAACUGGUAUGGACUCCUGUUCCGGUAAUGUGUCAAAUAUGUUUUUAGGGUCUUUGUACGCGUUAUUAGCGGGCUUUUUGGGUGCUGUUGCAUCAUUGUCUGCCAAACUGUCACUCGGUGCAGACUACCUGAGAGAGAAGUGUGAUUCAGGGCUCAGCGGCUGGACUGAACCUGGAACCGCCUGUGACUGGCUCCACAUCCCCCUGCGGCUGCUGUGUGGAAGCCUUCUGUUCACCUGUAAUGCUGUCAUGUGGACCUUCUUUUCCAAGGCGCUCCGACACUGCUCCUCUUCAGCCAGGGCUACAGUCACUACCACUGCAUCCAACUUCAUCUCUUCAGCUGUCCUGGGGACGGUGAUGUUUGGAGAGAGUCAUGCAGUUCUAUGGUGGGUGGGAAUCUCUCUCACUCUGUCUGGACUGCUGGUGCUUCAUGGAUCCACACCUCAGACACUCCAACAGGAGGAGGGCAAAAAGGACAAGUGAUGUAGAUUUGACUCCUCACAAGCAUGCAGCCAUUGCGCUUCAGUCACAAUAACCUGUGGCUAGACUCCCUCAGAGACAAUGUCUCAGGCACUUAAAAGUGUCUUAAUGUAAAGUGCAGUUAAAACAGCAGACUAUGUUGCACAUAACUGAUGGUAUAUUCAGUACCACCAGUCAUAGUUACCAAUUCAGAGUCUAAUGUGCGUUUAUUAUUUUUUGGCAGUUAAUUUUUAGGGCUCGAGCACCAACAACAUGGGAGGAAAUUAAAUUGACAUGGUGUAGUGUACACAUGAUAUUGAGAAACACAAUGCUUGUCUCAUGCCGCUCCCCCUUUCAUAACCAAUGAACUGUUGGAUGUAGACUCUUGUAGGAGACAUCAUUGCACUCAUAAAGAGUUCCUUUCAUCAGUGGUUCGCCGUGCACCAUAUAAUAUGGCCACGCCCCCUUUCAUAACUCAUGAACCAUUUAUCAUAGACACUUUUGGACACAGGAUGUGGUACAACAUUUGCAAUGCAUAAUUUCCAAUGUCACACAGUCCAUGCCGGAAAUAGUAAAGAUUAUUAAAAUGGGGUCAGCUUAAGGCAAUUCAUUUAAAAGUAAUGUCACAUUAUUAACAUGUUCUCAACAAAAUUCCUCAUCUAAGUUGAGGGUCUUAUGACAGAGGAUGUUGUUUGCUGUACAGUGUAAAGAUUGUGCGUUUUGAUUUGUAAUAAAGUUUAUUUUACAUUACUUUG